AGCCCCAUGGAAGAAGGAGCAGGCACAAGGACGUGGCCACCGCCGAGGGCCACGCUGUGCCCUUCAAACGCCGGCACCGAGCCUGCGGUCGAGGCUCGGGACGGGUAGGGUUGGGGCCACCGAUUUAUGAAGACGCGUCUCGGAAGACACCCGCCAUGAGCCUCGCCGCCGCCUUGUGCACCAUCGUCGCAGUGACGGCGCCCGGUGCCCUGGCUUUCGCCGACGUCCGGAUGAAGGCCCUGCUGGUGCCAUGUGACAACAAGGCGUACCAACCGACCGAAGUUCGCAAUGGCCUCACCAAAUGCAAGAACAAGAUAGAAGUGACGCUGCUCGUGAACAACACGCCUGGGGGCAACAAAGGCAAAAGCUAUAUUCACCUAACGGACGUGUACGAACCAGAACUGGAGAGGACAUCGCGUCUAUUCAACACCAUUGCGAUUCAGCUCCGACAAGAGCAACUGCUGCUUGCGUAUCCAAUGAGAUACGUCGCGACCGUGAACGGAAAGGUCACAGAAAAAGUCGUGGCCCAAGAACUCUGUGACUUGACCGUAUGCGCUGGCUACACGCAAAAAAAGAAGAGUCCCCAGGGUUACUGCUGUAACUGCGAGCGGGGCCAAAAUUGCACUGUACACUGCUUGAAGCAGAGUCCCCUUUGGUACACCAUGUCGCUACUCGGGGCCCCUGUUAUCAAACAAAAGACGUAUGUGCAACUCUUUGUUCAAAAGGAUGGCGCCAGUCUACCCGGGCGCUGGCACACUUUACGUGAAUUUCCCGAGGACCUCGAGUUGAGCGCCGAUCAUCCGGAGGAUUCAAACAGGGAGAACACGGUCACCGCCAGCUUCCUUUCUGAGAAGGCUGCUGAAACGGCGUUGGUGCUCAAGAAUUACAAGAAAUUACGCGUGCUCGUUCCUUUCCCGUCACACAGGAUCCCUGUUGCGAAUCUGCCGCCUGUUUACGCUAAAGGGUCUGACAGUAUUUUGCUGCUGCCAAGCAACUUGACGAAGCCUGCUGAUGUCAUGGAAUGCAUAAACAAGUCAUUGGCGGCCACAUCCGAGCAUUGCCAUCCGACCCACAAGCGGUGCCUCGAGGGCGAGCCAUACGAUAUUUUCCUCGACGAAGAGGAGAGACAAGCCUCUGGGGAGAUGCCUUCUCCAAUCCUGUUGAGCCAUUUCAAGGAUAAGCUGCCGCAAUCUCCGAUUCUGUUAGACGAGACAAGUGGAGAGCGGUUCCUCACGUUUGUCUACGAGCACCCGCACCUUAGCGUCAUCCACCUUGAGCUUAAUGCCGAUGACAUUGUUCUCCUCAGGCAAGGGACCAAAGGUCGAAUCAACGUGGUUUCAGCUCAAAGUAGUGACUCCGGUUCCCUGGUGCGCGUCGAGGUUACCAACCUGGGUGAACUGGCCACCAUCUUCACCGUGCAGGUUACGCAGUGUAGUCACGGCGUUGCCAACAGUGACACUGACUCGGCACUGGUAACACCACGGCGGUCUCUGCUACUGCUGACGUCAGUGCACUUCGGUGCUCUUGAUAUACGCGAUGACCUCAAGUGCACCGUGGAACUCCACGAUUCUGAAUACGGCAUGAUAGCUUCGCGGUCUGUGACACUGAGGCCCGGCAAGCAGUGCAUCUGCUACCUGUCGUGCCACUGUAGCUGUGGAAAUGAGAGCCUCUCCUGCCACCUCAUCACCGAACUGGAUGCCCUCAAGGCGGGCAUCUACAAGAGCCGCGCCACGCGAUCCAGCACCAAGAGGCGCCCUUACGACGACGUCAAACAAUUCCUCAUUUGUUACCUCGUGGUGACACUUGCUGCCGGGUUUCUGAAGGCCUGUCUUGGGUGCCUGGGCUGUGAACGCGUUGGCCAGUGUGGCUUACACUCCUUGAUAUAUGGCAAAGGCCGCCUAAAACACUACUACGAACCCGAAAUUAGGAAGUACACUGUGCAGCACGACAGAGAAGGUCACCCCAUUCACCCGAAAACAAAGCUACGUAUGAGAGUGAUCAGCUACAAGACAGAGUUCCUGCUCAACGUCUUCUUCUUCAUCAUCUGGCCUGUGCUGCUGUGCAGGAAAAGCGUCGAUAGGGGGUCGCCUUCCAAGUAUCAGUACCAUGUUCUUGACAGCAGAAGCACUAGCCUUGAUAAUCAGUCGGCUCGCAUCACUCGACCCACGAGCGAAUUCAUCGUGCCAACAAAAUUUAUCGACGAGAGAAGAACGCGUUCGCAUACUUAGGAAAAGAAACCGCAGGAUUCGUGUUGGUAUUUCUUUUUCUGUCGUGCACCAACCUUCUUAACAGUCUCUUUGAGAUCAGGGCCCUUGCGCUUCAAUACAAACAAUUGUAAAUAGUAUUUAUUUCUUCAGUUAUAGGUGGCGCCCGUAUUGAAAAGAGAGCAAACAUUUCGACUAAUUAAGGUAUUGCAGAAACUUGGAGCAUUGCAUUCUAUGUCGAUGAUUCAAUAUUUAUGUAAAUUUUCUUGUGACAAGAAUGUAUCCUUAGUUGUGGGUGAACAAAGGCUAUGUCUUUUCAGAACAAAGAUCAAACAGCAGCUCGAAGUAAGUUGUGCGAUUUAUGAGGGCUGUGUACACAUCGCUAUUCGAGGAGUAUUUUAAUAAAGCAAUACAAGCCAA